AUGUCACAGCAGUCGUCUGAUCCUGGUGAAACGGACGCUCUGUCGGGAUUGGACUCGUUUCAUCAUCUGAAACGUCACGGUCUCCAUCAGCGCCAAUUGUCGUCGAGUCGCCGUCAUCAGCGAUGUCGGCCUACGUUGGGAUGUUUAAUGAUCACCGUGGCGUUCACUCUUCUUGGCACGGCUGCUUUGUCGGCGUCCAUUUUCACUGAUUACUGGGAGAGGAUCGACUACAACGUCAGUUCCAUCGACGCCAUCGCCCAGCGCAGCAACGGAACUCAUCGGCUUACUUGGCUCUUUAACAAAACCGUGGCGCGGAUCGUUUUGAAUCCGCUGGCGUCAUCAUCGACCGCCGGUGGUAAAUUAUCAGGCCGGACUCCAUCUUCGUCUAAUUCCUACCUGCUGCCAAAGCGCAACGCAUCCAAUACAACAACAACAACAACAGCAGCAACAACCCCAAUCCGACCCAACGAUGGGCUUUCACUGGACCGGCCGUUCGGCGCCCCAAAUUACGUCCAGUUCGCCUCAAUCGACCGCCAACAAGAAAUAUCCAAGCAAAGAUGGAGCGGAUUUAGUCAUCCGGAAGACGGAGCGUUCAACAAGUCCCGGAUCCUCUCGAGGCGUAAUAGGAGGCACGCGACGUCGAACGGAACGCACCGUCGUAAAAAGCGGGCCGGCAGCACCCGCCGUCGUCCCGAUUCUUUGUUCUACUUGAUCCCGCUCCACGGUGGCAUCUGGCAUCUUUGCGUCGAUCUUCAGAACGACCAACUGAGAAUGCUACAAGAAAUGGGCCUCGACCGUGAUGCCUGCACAGAGUACCUCGCCACUAGCGGAGCUUUAGCAGCUUCCGGCGUUGAAAAUGACGCAUUUCGCGUGACGUCCAACUACCUAAAUCAUCACGUUCAAUCCAAAAUGCACAAUUUAUCGAUCUCUUGCGCCAUGGUCUGCGUUAUUCUCCUGGCGUCAGCUGCUCUGCUCGGAACUUUCGGAAUUAUGAAGCGUCAAAUCAGCGCAGUGCUCAUUACUGGAGUCAUGUACAUUCUAGCAGCUCUCUUUGCCGUCUUCUCGCUCGUCAUCAUGCACUGCAAGCGAAACAGUCGGCGUGAAACGGGCUUUGUUGACGAUCCGUUAGUGAAUCCAGUCGAGUACAACGAGGCUCGGAUCUUUUCAAACAGCUGGUCAAUGUUACUCGGUUGGGCUGGCUCUGCGGUCAUUUUCGUCGCCAGUAUUUUUUGGCUAUUUCUGGCCAAGGUUAUGCGAUACAAUCAACUGACGUUCUUCUUCUGAGUUGCUGCUCCAGUAUAUACCAGGAGAGUGUGGUUGUGUGUGUUUGUGUGUGUGUGUGUGAGUGUUCUAUUUACCUCGGAGGUUUGGUUCUUUUUAUUCUGUUUUCUCACUUUUUUUUAUUUUCAUUCUCUAACUCGGAAAACGUCACGCGCCACCACUAUACGCCCGUUUCUCCUUAACCGUUGUUUAUUGUAUCGACGUGUUUUUAUCUCGAAGAAAAAAAGGGUUCCCUGAGCAUACUAUAUAUAUAUACACUGUACGACGCCAAAUCAUGCCAAAAUAUACGUAUAUACUAUA